AAUUUCGGAAAACAUAUUUGUCGCGAUUUAGUUAAAUGUAUUCGUUUUUUUCUCAUACAUAAAUUCAAUGAAGUGAUUGUGUGUGAAGUGUGCAAUAAAAUUGGCAAUUGUUGUUCGAGUCGUAGCAUUUUACGUACUUUGAAUAAAAAUGAAAGCCGCAGCGAUGUCGGUGUGGGUUUUCAUAAAUCUCCUUUGCUUUGGAAUGUGCGGAUAUUUGUAUCUCAUUUGGUCGCAGUACUGGAUGUACAUUGAGAAGCAGCGGUUGUUUACUAAAACACCGAGCAACGAACCUAAAGUUAGAGCAUCAGUGUUAAGCUUUAUAGCUGCGUUUCCUGAAAAUCAAUUUUCAAAAUCACUCACUAACUCAACAAUUUACAACGAUUCUGCUCGUAAAAAACGAAGGUCAGCUGUCGGGGCAGUGUGGAGCAGUGGCGUACUUCAAUCUGCCAGCAAAUUGUCUUCAUCUCAAACGUCGAUUAACAUCGUAAGAAAAAGCCAAAGGAGCCCUAGAUUUCCGAACAUCCACAAACCUUUGUUAGAAUUUGACACAGAUAAAUACAUAUGCGAUGAUUUCACUUCUAUAGAAUGCGAAACUCGUACAAGAGAAUUUAAAGAAUUGUUAUUAAAAGAAUUUCAUAGAGUUUUAAUGGGAGAGAGUAAAGUAUUUCGAUCGGGUUUGGAUAUGCACAAUACUUACGAUGUAAAAUACAAAAGUGGCCCCAAGAAUGCGUUAUCAAAACACGACGUGAUGUGUGCGUUAAAGCGCAUAAAAGUGAAUACGGUGACCAAGAGAGAUGAACCUUUUGCACGCUACGAUUUUCAAAUUCCUGAGGGUCCCCUUCAAGACGGUACAUUUUAUAAUACUUGCGCUGUCGUCAGCAGUGCAGGAGCUCUGCUUGGAUCAAGAUUGGGUGAUUUCAUAGAUUCACAUGAUAUGGUGUUAAGAUUUAACAAUGCUCCGACUGAUAAUUAUACAGACGACGUCGGAUCAAAGACAACAUUCCGUAUCUUAAAUUCUCAGGUUGUAUCGAAACCUGAAUAUAAAUUUCUAGAAGAUCCAUUAUAUAAAGGCGUUUCCAUAAUGAUCUGGGAUCCGGCGAACUAUUCGUCUACGCUAGAAGAGUGGUAUAAUCAUCCUGACUUCCCGUUGUUUCCUGUUUAUAAAAAAUUUCUUGAGGAGACGCCAAAUGCGGAUGCGCAUUUAUUAAAUCCGCAGGUAUUAUGGUCCCUAUGGUCGGUCCUUCAAAACGUAUCGCCUUAUCGCUUACGAAGAAAUCCACCAUCUUCAGGUUUUAUUGGUUUGUGGUUUUCCCUGAAUCGUUGUCGCAGAGUUCGCGUUUUCGAAUAUGUACCGUCAACACGUGCGAGUCGCCGGUGUCAUUACUAUGCACAUCGCGAUGACGUCGCGUGUACAUUCGGGGCCUGGCAUCCUUUGGCGCAAGAGAAGGCUUUGGCUGAAACCCUGAGGAAUAAUUCGGAUAUCGACGCCUUUCAACGAGGUUUCAUUGACAUUUCCGGACUAGCUACAAUACAAUGUUGAGCUGUCUUUAAUUGAGCGUUGACUAUGCAGAAAAAUGGCUUUAUACCGACCAACGCUUCUGGUUGUCGUGUCAAUAUAGGACAAUUUAGGAAAUCAGUUUUGUUGACGAAAAAAUUACAUAUUAUGCAUAAUACUAUAUUAAAUAACGAGCUCAAACAAUGAUUGAAAAAUAACUAAAAAUAUAUAGAACCUAACAACGUAUUUGUUAUGAAUAAAUAAAAAUUAAGGGAAAAGAGUUACGCAAACUGCCAAAAUAAAUUUAAUUGAAUGCGAUAAUAACAAGGGUCUUCCAAUAUAAUUAUAUACAUACGAGUAUAAUACAUUUAAUUUUAUAUUACUGUUAUAGGUUCAUUGUAGUCAGUUAAAAAUAGUAUGUAUUUAUUGUAGCGUUGUGUAUUGUUAUUUAUAAAUGUACCUUUCUGAGAAGUUCUAAGAUAAGAUUUUACAGAGUGUGUAUAUUGUGCGGAACGUUUUAUUAUUAUUGUCACAACAUUAAUAUAAGUGGACAAUUGAGCUAGUGCUUAGGGAGACAGAUUUUACAUAUGUAUAGUACAGCAAUUAAUACUUCGACUUUAUGGUAUCUAGAUGAAGGGAGGUAACAACAUUGUGAUAUCUAUAGGCUCCUGUAACCAUUUAAAGUAAGGUGACCCGUGAGUUCGGUCUAACCAUCUAGAGACAAAAGAAAACUAUAAAGCUUAUGAUAAGAUAUUUUGCUGAGCUUUCUUAUAGAUACGAAAGAUAGUUUGUGUAAUUUAAUGAUUUCCACGACCAAUAAGACAAUUUUUUUUUUGCAAAGCUAUCAAGGUCAUAUUUUUAGCAUACGUAAUUACGUGGCAUGAAAUAAUAUUUAUUUUCAAAGAACAAUCUCAGUACAUUUAAGGUAGUCGUCGACAUCAUUAAAAAUGCUUAAAUAUUUUAA